CAGUGGUGACCAGAACAUCCUAAUCCCCCUCUCAUCACUUUCUCGUGUUUCUCCUCAAAGCUCAUCUUACUUCAUGGACAGGGAAUACCCAGCCUCUUCUUCUUCUUCUUCAUCACCAUCGUCAUCGUCAUCGUCAUCGUCAUCAACAACGGCAAUGACCAGCAACAAUCUCCCACCACCCGAAGAUGCUUGGCUUGAUACCUGCCACAAGUGGCUGCCUCGUUGGGAAUCUCAUUCACUUUCUCAUCAGUCAACAAUUCCUAUUUCUAUAUCAAGAGUUAACCAAGUUGAUGCUGCUAGACUGGAUGUUGAAAUGUCAGCCAUGUUGAAGGAACAGUUGGUUAAAGUGUUUUCUUUAAUGAAGCCAGGAAUGUUAUUUCAGUACGAAGCUGAGCUUGAUGCUUUCCUUGAGUUUCUUAUUUGGAGAUUCUCAAUUUGGGUUGAUAAGCCAACUCCAGGUAUUGCUCUCAUGAACCUGAGGUAUAGAGAUGAGCGUGCAGUUGAACCAAGAGAAAAAGUCAGAACUGGUCUUGAAGGUCCUGGAUUGACUGUUGCUCAAAAGAUUUGGUAUUGUAUCGCAACUGUUGGUGGUCAGUAUAUCUGGGCUCGCAUACAAUCCUUUUCUGCUUUUCGUCGGUGGGGUGAUUCUGAUCAGAGGUCACUGGCUCGUCGGGUAUGGAUCCUUAUACAACGUAUAGAAGGAAUUUAUAAAGCUGCUUCAUUUGGCAACUUGUUGAUAUUUCUUUAUACUGGAAGAUAUAGAAAUCUCAUUGAAAGGGCUUUACGAGCUAGGCUUGUCUAUGGGAGCCCAAAUAUGAACCGUGCUGUUAGCUUUGAAUAUAUGAACCGGCAGUUAGUUUGGAAUGAAUUCUCGGAAAUGUUGCUGCUGCUUCUUCCCCUUCUUAAUUCAUCAUCUAUGAGAAAUCUCCUUCGACCAUUUUCGAAGGAUAAAUCCUCAAAUUCAGAUCAAGAUGACAAUGUGUGCCCCAUUUGUCGAUCUACUCCAACUAUUCCUUUUGUUGCUCUUCCCUGUCACCACAGAUAUUGUUACUACUGUCUUCGAACACGCUGUGCUGCUUCUCCAUCAUUUAGAUGUUCCAGGUGUAGUGAGCCAGUCGCUGCUAUGCAGCGGCAUAAUGGCGGUAUCACCAGUGGAUAACGGGAGAAUUACAAUUAAGUCCUAAAUAAGGAAAUUAAUUAUUUUUUCAGCUAAUUUACAAGUCAAACUUCAAUAUUUACUAGUAGACGGGACUUGUAAGUUAUUGGUUUUCUUAUCUGGGAACUAUUUGUAAUUCUCCCAUGGAUAAUUCAUGCAAAGGGAGAAUAACGGAAAAGUGUUGGAAAGCAUUUGAUCAACAUACAGAAUUAGCGAGAUAUUAAAUACUACCAAGAAUUAGGGCGGUAUUUUUUUCCCCUUUUGUUUUGAUUCUCUCUUAAUAUUUUACAUAGAUUUUUUUUAAAAAAAUUGAUAUUCCAUUAUAGUUGAGUUAUAGCAUCUCUUCCUCCAAUGAGUGAUGUAUUUAUUUUGUAGCAAUUUCUAGUGUUUCCACGCCUUCCUUUGUUUUCUUCUUCUUUUGUUUCAUGUAUUUUAGCAAAUCUAGCCGUUGUCAUUCAUUUACAAUGCCUUGGUCUUAUAUUGUGUUGUGACAAUGUUGAUUAUCCCGCGUGGGUUAAUAUAUUGUGGUCACUUGAAUCUGAA